UGUUUUUCCUGUGUUUGUAAACUGUUAGCCCGUUAGCUGAAGCAGACGGAGAGAGAAUCGUACACGGUGCUACUUAUAAAACAGGGUAACAGGUACCAGAUGAUAGCAGUGGGUGCGGCCUGUUGUCCAACGUAUCAUCCUGAGUGACAGCUCUCCCGGCCCCGCCCGUUGCCCCAUCCUCUGUUGUGAUGUCACACAUACCAUCCGGCGCGGUCCGUGACCAUAUGAAAUGGGCCGGGCUGCUCGGGUGUGAAGCCGUCCUCUCCAGCAUGGCCCUGAUGCAGGCCAGCACCAUCUCCGCUCCAAAGAAGAUGAUGCCCCCGUUACCUCCACCCCCGAUGCCCGGUUCUGCCCCGAGGGACCCACAGGGACACAUGGGUUUAACCACGGCCAUGACCUGCCCUCCACUGCUUGUGCGUAAGGAAGGCGAAUACCACGCUGCCCGGCUGCUGGACGAGAAGGAAAUGCCAACCGGCGAGGACAUGCAGAAAAAGAAGAACAGGAAGGCGGGAACGCCCUGCAAAGUCCGAGAGCAGGAGGGGAAAGCCGGGAAGGCUGGUGUGAUGGACGAGAACGGGAACUGCACGCUGUCCAAAGUGCAGAAGAACUUCAUCUGCGAUCACUGCUACGGUGCCUUCAGGAGUGGAUAUCACCUGAAACGACACAUUCUCAUUCACACCGGGGAGAAGCCGUACGCCUGUGCCAUAUGUGACAUGAGGUUUAUUCAGCGCUACCACCUAGAAAGGCACAGCCUCACCCACACAGGCGUGAAGCCCUACGCUUGCACCAUGUGUGACAUGCGUUUUUUCCAACGUUACCACCUUCAGAGACACAGCCUGAUUCACACGGGGGUGAAGCCCUACGCUUGUUCCAUGUGUGACAGGCGUUUUUUCCAACGCUACCACCUGCAGAGACACAGCCUCACUCAUACGGGGGUGAAGCCGUACGCUUGCACCAUGUGCGACAUGAAGUUUUUUCAGCGUUACCACCUGCAGAGACACAGCCUAACCCAUACGGGGGUGAAGCCGUACGCUUGCACCAUGUGUGAUAUGAGGUUUUUCCAACGCUACCACCUCCAGAGACACAGCAUCACCCACACGGGGGUGAAGCCGUACGCUUGUUCCAUGUGCGACAUGCGUUUUUUCCAUCGUUACCACCUGCAGCGCCACAGCCUCAUUCACACGGGCGUGAAGCCCUACGCUUGUAACAUGUGUGACAUGCGUUUUUUUCAACGCUACCACCUGCAGAGACACAGCCUGACCCAUACGGGGGUGAAGCCGUACGCUUGCUCGAUGUGCGACAUGAGAUUUUUCCAACGUUACCACCUGCAGAGACACAGCCUCACUCAUACUGGGGUGAAGCCGUACGCUUGUUCCAUGUGUGACAUGAGAUUUUUCCAGCGUUACCAUCUGGAAAGACACAGCCUCACUCAUACUGGAGAGAAGCCUUUUGCAUGCGACAUGUGUGACAUGCGCUUCAUACAGCGCUACCACCUGGAGAGACACAAGCGUGUUCACAGCGGGGAGAAACCGUACCAGUGUGAACGAUGCCACCAGAAUUUCUCCAGGACCGACAGGCUGCUCAGACACAGACGGCUGUGCCAGGGACGAGGCGUGGCCAAAGUGGAGGCCACGCCCUGCUGCGAGCCUCCCCCGUUUCCACACAACCCUCUCCCGGGCCCUCCUCCGGCCCCGCCCACAGCCUGGAGUCGCCUGGCGGUCUGACAUUCCGGCGUCUGUCCAGCCGACGAGAACCGUAAACACACUCACACUUCUGCUCACUGCCGGCUCACCGCGGCGAGGAAACGAAAACACCCGGAGAUCACCCCCUGCCUCCCGGGGACCGACUUUACUAACAGAAUCUGGACAGAUGGACCUCGUUUGGAAUUGUUUUAUAUGCGUCUGUUUUUGUUUCGGCGACUUUCGGAGCCACGACUUCACCGGGGGGCGUGGGGAAUUUAGAAAAACGAUUCGGCGUCGGAGACGUUAAAAAAAAUCAUAAAUAAAACGAUAGUUUAGUCCGAUUACAGGCUUAAAACACGUCGAAUAAAAUCUCUGUGUCUGGAGUGAUGGAUUUUAAUACACAUGGUGCCAAAAGUAUGUGGACACCUCAUCUAAUUCUCCACUUUAUUUAUACAAAUUAUUAUUAAUUUUGUGUUGCUGAUAAAUAUCAUUUAUCUGGAUCUGGGUUCCAGCAUCAUGGGUUGAAUUGGAACUGGAACAUCACUACAAAGCUUAACCAUCAACAUCAAUGCCUGACCGCACAGGUUCCCACAGACACACUCCAAAACUCUGUGAUCUUGUGGAAAGCCUUCUCAGAAGAGUGGGGGCUGUUGUAGAUGCAAAAAGGGAACGUCUGUAAUUAUGUCUGUGCUUUUAAAAUCGGGACGUCCAACAAGCUCGUGGUGGGUGUCCACAUACUUUUGGCUGUAUAUAAGCUGUGUAACGUGUAGUAGGUGCUGCCAGUACAGUAGAACAUCCUCGGAUUAGGGUUUGGUCCCGUUCAUUUCAUCUCCAACCACCUUUAAGCCCAAAACAGGGGGGCGGGAGUAAAAACUGUCCCGAAAGGUUCCGGCUUCAGAGUUAUGGAACCUUUUAAGGAACCAGGAACCGGACGCAGCUUCCUAUGGCGCUGUGUCGGAGUCACAACUGUGGAGGAUCUUGAGUUCUGAAGGUUCCUCACAUGAGGAGGGAACCUUGAGAGGAGUUAUAUCUGUUUGAUCAUUUUAGGAUGUGGGAUGGGGCGACUACUGAUGGAACCCAGGGGAAUCGCUUCCAGGCUCUCUCGUCCAAUAUCAGCACCUGACUUCACAGGUCCCUGCUGGCAGAAUGGGCUUAAAUCCCCACACACACAGUAGAAUCUCGUAGCCUGCACUUGCCCGACCAGAUAAUGAUUAGAUGUCCAGAUACUUUUGGCUGUGUAAGCUGUUGAGGUUCUGACGUCCGUGUGUGAGGAGAUCUGUGCCGUCUGACCAGAUCAUGACCUGUUGUAUCAGGUGAAGCUUCUGCUGGGUUGGCAGAGCUGGCAUGGGCAUGACCCUGGCGCUUGAGAUGAUGGGUUUGAUGUUGGGUAGUAAAGCUGAAGAUCCUCCACAGUUGCUGGUUCUAGGGGUUCAUGGUUUCGUUCUCGGUGGAGGUCGGAUUUUCCAUUCGCCGGUUGCUUGAUGAAACAAUAAUAAUAUUAAUAAUAAUUAUAAUGAAUUGUUGUAAAUAUGAAACUCCUGAAACGUCUCCGGUUUGGAAAUGACGGCGUGGCGAUCGUGUGAUCUUCGCUCUCGGCGGGAAUUCACCCGGGCGUGGACUCUGGUGCGGAAGGACUGAAUCUCGACGCCGUUUUAUCGUUUAUUCAUGAAUUAUAUAUAAUAAUUUUAUUCCUUUUUUCUUCUUAUUCGUCAUUUCCUGUGUGUACGGCGGGAGGGAUUCCCCAUGAGAUCUGGCAACCCAGUGCCAAACCGGUGGAUCGGUAGGAGCCAGGCGUGUGUCCAAAUUCAGUAGUCACGUCACCGUAGUUGUGUUCAUGGUCUGUAUGGAGUUUGGCAUGUUCCCGGGCUGCCUGUUCCAAAUCACUACUGGGCGUGAAUGUGCAAGGGUGCAUUGUGCACUGGUUUCCCGUUGGCAUUGCACCCACUGCGGCCCUGACCAGGAUGAGGUAGCCAGUCAGAAUAAAUAAACGACUCGCCAUAAAUUAUUAUGGGAUGUUUUUAUUCUGUGACCCCUUAAUGCUGCUGAGUUGGAUUGUGUGUAAAUGUGGAAGAGAGUGGUGAGAGUGAGAACUACAGGUGCAGCUCAUUUUGCCCCCUAGUGGUGACAGAGUGAACUACAUAAGCAGCUCAUCAGACAGAAAGAACUACAGGAGCAGUUUGUUAAAUUUGGAACGUUGAGAGGAUAAAAUAUUUGAUUUGUCGUAUCAGAAUCGUGGACACAUGCCUGUAAAAAACCACCCAGUUCCAAACAUUUCCAUCGAGCAGCUGAUUAUUCUCUAUUUCUUUUGUUACGUCUAUAUAAAAAAAAAAGAAUGAUGCUAUUUUAGUUCUGUAGUAACAUACAGUGUGUUUUUUAUUUUAAUUUCUAAUAUAAAACACUGGAGCGGGAAGAGAAGUGGAGCUAUAGAUGUUUUUGUUUUAUAUAUAUAUGAAAUAGUUUGUAUGGUAGGUAUUAGCUAAAGCCGCCUCGUCCUCACGCGCCCUCGCUAACGUUCACGUGCAGCGUCAGUACGAUUAAAACACGCGUAUAUAAAUAUAUAAGUGUACCUGGAGUUGGUAGAAAUGUUUCAGCCUCUGUGUUUUAGUGAAUUCUGAUCAUAAAUAUUUAGGACAGGAGGAGACGGUAGCUUUGAUCUCUCCUGCAUGCCGGCGUUUCCACAGACUUUCCUUUUGAGUUUUUUGUAAACACACCUGUAUUCCUGACAUGAACCAAACCAGCAGGUGAUGGGAUUCGUUUUCAUUGUGUGCAGUGAACCGAGGGGCUUUGAUUACAUCCAAAUAAAAUCCUGUACAAAAACA